AUGCGACCUGCUGUCAUUCUUCCCUUCAUUUUUGCAGCUGUUGCUGUUGCUGCUCCGGCUCCGACUCAAGCUUCAUCUGAAGCCAUUCAGUCGGCCGAUGAAACCAUUGAUAAAGAAUGGUCCAGUGUUUUUGACGAUAUGAACAUCGACAAUAAGAAUUGCAGGCCAGCCUAUUAUCCUUGCAUUCUCGAUUAG